CAACUACGGCAAUAAUAUCCCGCACUUUAGUUAAGUAGGAACAGUCGAACCUUUAGGAUUCGUAUCUUGAAUUUUGAUAAAAUCAAACUGAGGAGUUUAUCGGACGGGCAUUCGUCGUCAAUCUGAAGAUUCUCUCGCUUUCCAUUUAUACCUGCCUGUACACUCCGUCAAUCGGUUUAAGUCAUAUCGGUACUCUUUCGGUGUACGAUGCCGGACAACGCUUCAGCAAUCUCGGUACCGACAAUCGAGGUCCAAAACUUAAGCUACAAGUUUCCCGAUGGAUCCUCUGGGCUACACAGCCUUGACUUGAGUUUGCCCUCCGGGAGUAGAACACUUCUCAUCGGAGCAAAUGGUGCGGGGAAAACCACGCUGCUUCGCUUGCUCUCUGGCAAGCGCAUGCCCCCGACAAACACCGUCAAAAUUGCCUCCGUUGACCCAUUUACCACGGGAUUGGAGGGCGUCACCUAUCUUGGAGUGGAAUGGGUGCUCAAUCCGAUUGUUCGCACCGAUAUUGCGGUCCCCGAACUGCUCAAGUCCAUUGGGGGAGACUUCUAUCCGGAUCGACGGGAUGAGCUGAUCCGCAUCCUAGACAUCGACCUGGAAUGGCGCAUGCACGCCGUCAGCGAUGGCGAGAGACGGCGCGUGCAGGUAGCAAUGGGAUUGAUUCGGCCUUGGCGCGUGCUGCUGUUGGAUGAAGUAACCGUGGACCUAGAUUUGCUGUCCCGCGCGAAUUUCCUAACUUUCCUGAAGAAAGAGACGGAAUCCAGACCAUGCACGAUUGUGUAUGCGACGCAUAUCUUGGAUAACCUCUCUACGUGGCCGACACAUUUGGUGCACAUGUCGCUGGGGAAAAUCAAGAAGGCAGGCACCGUGGAAGAAUUGGCUCGUGGAGAACGGCUCGAUACUUGGGGAAGCACCGGUAAUUCGAAGCUCGGCGAUUUGGUGUUGGAAUGGCUACAGGAAGAUUUCAUUGAAAGAGGUCCAAGAAAUGAAAGGGGGAAUCAGUAUCUGAGCUACCAGAGUCACGAAGGAAAGGGUGGGUAUGGCCUUGAGAAAAGGCCGUGAUGCCGGUAUGGAAGAUGUUCAUUUCCUAUCGUGAAUCAACGGCGUUUAGGAUGGCUUCAACAAGCCGAGGGAUGAUACCCGGAUGGCUCAACGUGGCUUUGUCUUAGCAUGACCCGUGUUUUCAACACUGAGGAUUCAACAACUAGAGACUAGGCGGGUAUAUAACGAGAACAUGUGUUUUGGCA